GGGGUCGCUAACUGCUCAGACCAACCAUCUUCGCCGGCGUUAAAGGUCGUAGUCCUCUCUGGACAUUUAAACAGAAUGACUCCAGAGGACAUAUCCAAUGGCUCCUGUACAAGAAAACACGCAGUGGCCCCGAGUAUCAAAGUUCACUCUGUCUGCAUGUGCUGCAACCGUUGCAGAAUUAGUCACAUUUCCACUAGACCUCACCAAAACUAGACUUCAGAUACAGGGUGAAGGUGUUUCCCGACAGCAUGCUGGUAGUUUACAUACUCAAACCCCACACAGGGGCAUGCUACGCACAGCUGUGGGUAUAGUGCGAGAAGAGGGGCCCUUGAAGUUAUGGCAAGGGGCCACACCAGCUAUCUAUAGACAUAUAGUUUAUUCCGGGGGGAGGAUGCUCGCUUAUGAGCAGCUUAGGGAAUCUGCCUUUGGAAGAUCCAAAGAUGGCAGCUUUCCAUUUUGGAAAGCAGUGAUUGCCAGUAUGAUAUCAGGUGCAUUGGGCCAGUUCAUUGCCAGUCCAACAGAUCUAGUGAAGGUUCAAAUGCAAAUGGAAGGGAAGCGCAGACUAGAGGGGAAGCCACCAAGAGUGCAUGGAGUUUACCAUGCUUUCACGAAGAUCAUUGCAGAGGGUGGAAUAAGGGGCCUUUGGGCUGGAUGGGUACCCAACGUUCAAAGAGCUGCACUCGUUAAUUUAGGAGACCUCAUGACAUAUGACACAGUAAAGCAUUUUCUCCUGAGAAACACCUCCAUACAGGACAACAGCAUUUGUCAUGGAUUAUCAAGCAUAUGCUCCGGAUUGGUUGCAGCUACUAUGGGAACACCGGCUGAUGUGGUAAAAACUAGAGUAAUGAACCAGCCACGGGAUUUAAAUGGAAGGGGCCUUCUUUACAAGUCUUCUACAGACUGCCUGGUUAAGUCAGUGAAAAAAGAGGGUUGGAAAUCCCUCUAUAAAGGAUUCCUUCCAACCUGGUUUAGAAUGGCUCCAUGGUCUUUGACUUUUUGGCUAACAUUUGAGCAAAUGAGACGAGCAAUGGGCAUCAGCUCGUUUUAACAGGUGUAUAAGCAAUGCUCAUAUUGCACCAAAAAGAGUUUUUGUUUGUUUGUUUCAACUUUGUCUCUUAAUAGUCUCAUAGCUGAACAUUUUAGUCCUCUUACAAUAUAGAGCUAUGUGUGUGAAUUCAGUUGUUUCCAGGCACACACUGCAGGACAGUUCAAAUAAGAGAAAAAGCCUCAAUCAAUUUGUUAAUUUUCAGUUGUUUGUUAACUUAAUGAGUAUAAGCCUUGAAGAGAAUAAAAAGCACUGGGGAUCAUUCAAGCACUUUUUGGAAAAAAUUUAAAAUGGCACUUUUGUGCAUCUUGAAAGUUUUCUUUAGCCAUUCUGUAGAGCCCAGCAGCGACCGCCCAUUCCCAUGACGUACUGUGAAUGUCACAAUCGAGUAAUUCUCCCUACACUCUGUAACAACUAACACAUUUGUAUAUAUCUGAAUAUUUUGCAAUAAACGGGAAAUAUAUUGAUUCAUUACUUAUCAACAACCUAAAACCAAUAGUUUUAUAUAUCACCAUUGUUUUUUGUUUAAUUACAUGGUUCGCAAUGCUUUAUGGGAUUAUAGUUCAUUCCCUCAUGAAAAACGCUAAGUACACAGUCUUGUACUUUUGUAAUUUUGUCUGAUUUU